ACGUUUAUAAUCACAAAACGGUUGCCAAGGCGUUGCCUAGCAACGCUCGUUUGCUCAAUAGCCGUUCGACGCCGCAUUCAUUUCAGUGCUUCUUUCCAAGAAAAGUAUAAAAAUGGUUGUAUUCCUGGUAAAAAGGGGUGAUGAAAACCAAUUCCUUUAUGAAACUGAUGUGGAUAAAGAGGUGGACGAUGUUGUGAAGGAUGUUACCGCGAUAUUCAAUGGCAGAUUGAAAGUGACGAGGAUUUGCUAUGAGUUGGAUGAGCUGCAGAAACAUGGCACGUUUUUGCCUCCAGAGAUGCAAGGACUGACUGAAGAACAGGUUAAAGAGCUCAAACUAGAAGAUCCUUGGGCUAAACGCUGCGCCCCACAAGACCACGUAUUCUGUAAGGACGAUAUGGGUCGCCGCUGUGGUCUGGCGCCUCCCGAGAACAUGCAGGCUAUACUCAAGAAGGCCGCUGAAGAUGCCAAGGAGUUUAUUAGUAAGAAGCAUGUGGAUCUCCGCAAAUGUCUAACUCAAAAAGACGUUUCGAGAGCUCUGGAUGAACUCCGUGGCGCCACCAAGAUAGUUUUCCCGGCGGGCCUACCACCUCACGACCCGGUUCGAAUGGAACUUGAUAAUGUGGAAGACCUGUCCGGCACUCAGGCUGCCAAUGAAGUAAUAGACCCUACUAGAGCAUGCCUGUGGGCCUGUGGGAAGAAACUUAUCAGCGGAAAUAAAUUGAAGGAGCAUUUGGGUAACAACAACAAAAUGAAAGUCACAGUGAAGCUCUGCUCCAACUCCGAGGGUGCACCAGGUCGGGAGCCAGUCAUGACUGAGGAUGAGCGCAAACAGCUGAUGCUGCACGCUUACAGAAAGCAGGAGGAGUGGAAGAAGUUGGAGCAGGAUGAGGACGACAGCUACAUGGACUCCAAGUGGGCUGAUGGGCAGAAUAUGAAGAGACACUUCCAUGGACUUGAUAACAUUUCUUGGAAACCGGCGAUCGGGAAGUAGGAAGAUCAGUUUUGAAGGUCUCUGUCUGAUUUUUAUGUAGUGAUAGUCAUAUUUAUGUAUUCGCUUGUGUGAGCCUCAUUUAUUGGCUAAAUAAAGCUUUUUUUCUUUCUUCUCUUGAA